UGGAUUUACAGUUUCCUGUCUGUAAAACAACAGUAAGUUGUUAGUGAAUUUCAACUGAAGCACUCACACGACACUCUCAUUUCUGUCUCACCCGUCAGGUGUAAAGCGUCCACUCUGUGUUACUGGAAUCCCUAUUGGAUGCUGCCCUCUGAUGUUUGUGGAGUGAACUGCUUUUGGGAAGCUGCACUUAGGUAUAGCCUGAAAGCACAGCCUGAGGAGAAAAUGCACCUCGCCGUGGUCGCCUGUGGUGAAAGACUGGAAGAGACCAUGACCAUGUUGAAGUCAGCCCUCAUUUUCAGCAUCAAACCUCUUCAGUUCCAUAUAUUUGCUGAAGAUCAGCUGCAGGAUAGCUUCAAAGCGCGACUUGACAGCUGGUCAUUUCUACAAACAUUUAAUUAUACAUUAUAUCCCAUUACAUUUCCAAGUGAGAAUGCGGCGGAGUGGAAAAAGCUCUUUAAACCAUGUGCCUCCCAGAGACUAUUCUUGCCAUUAAUCCUGAAAGAAGUUGACUCGCUGUUGUAUGUUGACACGGACAUCCUGUUUUUACGACCCAUUGAUGAUAUUUGGUCUUUACUAAAGAAAUUUAACUCCACACAAAUUGCUGCCAUGGCACCAGAGCACGAGGAGCCCCGGAUAGGAUGGUACAAUCGCUUUGCCAGGCAUCCGUACUACGGGAAAACUGGAGUCAACUCUGGAGUUAUGCUGAUGAACAUGACACGAAUGAGGAGGAAGUAUUUCAAGAAUGACAUGACGACCGUGCGGCUGCAGUGGGGAGAUAUCCUUAUGCCAUUGCUGAAAAAAUACAAACUGAACAUCACGUGGGGUGAUCAAGAUCUGCUGAAUAUCAUGUUUUCUCAUAAUCCAGAAAGCCUUUUCGUUUUUCCGUGCCAGUGGAAUUACCGACCCGAUCACUGCAUCUACGGGAGCAACUGCCAGGAGGCCGAGGAAGAAGGGGUCUUCAUUCUUCACGGGAGCAGAGGCGUCUACCAUGAUGACAAGCAGCCAGCGUUCAGAGCGCUUUAUGAGGCACUGAGAAGUUGUUCUUUUGAAGAUGACAGUGUGCGUUCCUUAUUAAAGCCUUUAGAACUGGAGCUUCAAAAGACUGUGCAUACAUACUGUGGAAAAAUUUACAAAAUAUUUAUGAAGCAGUUAACAAAAAGCAUAAGAGACCGUUAUGACAGACCACCAAAGAAAAGGUGAUUCUUGUGACUGCUGAGGUAAAUGGAUGAAAACAGCAAAGUAUCAGAGGAUGUGUGUGAAGGAAUGGUCUUCAUGAAGUAUCUGGGAAGGAAAUACUCAUCUCCAGAACAGUUUCUUCCCGAAGAAGUUAUAAAAGCAGUAUAUUCAUGUGAUGAAGAAUGAGCUAAAAUCCUGAGUCCCAACAGGAAGACACGUUUGAUCUCUGAUGUUUUGUAGCACAUUCCUUGCCGUCGCUCCAUUAUUGCUGAAAGUGUUAUUGAAUGCUUGUAGACCAGCGCUCUCUGGACUUUUACUCUGAGUGAGUGAAAGGGUAGGGGCGGUGGGCGGAGGAGACGUACCUCUUACAUGUGGACAUGCACACUGUGAGUAUAGCAGUAAUUUAUGUCAGCACUAACCUCACUUUAUGCACGUGAGAAAAAGUUGUUUACAGGAGCAGAAAAGGUUCUGUUGCUCAAGAAAUGUGAUGUGACCAAUGUAGCCCUUGACAAUCAAUGUGUGCCGUUACGCAUUUCAUCUCUGUUCUACAAGUUUUCUGUGACAAUCGUGUUCAAAAUCAUCUUUCGACUAUAAGCUGCAUGUUGAGUUCUAUGAGAAAGAGUAAAAAUAGUGAAAAUGUUCAGGUUUGUGUGUGGUGCGUAUGUGUGUGUGUGUGUGCAUGGGGUGAGACAAGAAGAAAUGUUUUCAUUUUGUGUGCAUUAAACUGUUUUGCCAAAUCUCACUUAUAAGAUAUUUAGAACUUUUUUUAUCACUUUAUGUGAAAGUUUUCAGCUUUCCUGGGCAUUCUGGAAGCAAGAUAUAUCAUGGCGAUAAUAAAGUGAGGACCUUAAUAGUAAUGCUAGUGUGAUGGUGGAAAAUGCAGUGGACCAAAGUGUACAAGCAGUAUACGUCCUGAGAUCAGUAAUUUAGGGAAGAAUGGUCCAUUGAAACUAUUCUACCUCAAAAUGGCUUUGCAGGAUAUUUUUUUGAAGAAGCAAAUUUAUAGAUCCAAUUUAAGUAAUUAAAUUGGAGUAAGUUAAAUUUACUUAACUCCAAGUUAAAUUGGAGUAAAUUAAAUUUAAGUAAGUUAAACAACUUUGAUGGGUGAUUUGGAUUAAUAAGAUUGCUAUAUCUAACUGCAGAAAAGUAGUUUUGAUUGGGUUAAUGUGCAUGUCUUCAUUUUUUGAACAGUGCUAGCGAUAGUUAACUUUUUAAUCUUGAAGAUGAGAAAAAUAUUGACUUCUCUUCCCAUUGUUGACCUGCUGUCUACAUAAUAUAAUUCGAGAUCUGAGUGCUUAGUAUGUACCAUGCUGGAGCAUGUCUCAUUUUGCUGUGUGCUAUUUGGUUAUCUUCAUUUUCCCUCUGCUGUUUUAAUGCUUAAACAGAGAAGGGGACAUGAUGAACGAAAAAAAAUCACGAAAAUUGUGGCAUUUGGCUUUGAGACGAUACAGUGCCUUCUCUGUAGACCUGAAAUAUGUAGAAAUUAAAUGGUUGGUACUGUUGUCUUCUGUCUGCUGUGGUUCAGUUAGGGACAGAUUAGAGGAGAAGGUUAAGAAAGGCAAAUUAAAAGUUGACCCCACCCCCGCAAGACCUCCCACAAAAGAGAGGGUGAUAACUAGCCUGGCUCUUGUAAUAGAUAGGUUGCGGAGUGUGAGAACUACGGUGAAGUGGAGCUUGCUGAGGAGGAAGUGAGAACGCUAGAAUUUCAGGCUUCGGCUGAUGCAUAUAUAUUUCUAAUGGUCCACACAGGAGAGCAUUGCUGUCUGGCUCUGGAGGGAGGGAGCUUGUUAAAAAUAGAUGUCCGGAACCUUCCUCUUUUGGAGACUAGUAUCCUGUGUCUAGGAUGGAGUCUGCAAAAUCUUUUUAAUGAAAAGAUUUGAAGAUUACACAGAAGUAGGGAGCAUAGUACAAUGGUACUAAUCACCCAGAUCUCAUGCUCUACUAUGUCAAUAUUUGUUUCAUUUAUUCCUCUUUUCUUUGCUGAUUGUGUGUUUGUGUAUGUGUGUGUGCACCCAGGCACACAUG